AUGGCAGUACCCAGGGAAUAUGUGGCUCUCACUCAGCUCGGCUUAAAUGAAGGCCACUCGCUAGAAAUUGAAUCAUCAUCCGAGGACACAGAGAAGAAUCUCACCUUUACCGAAUGGCGGUCAACACAGAACCAGCGCCUCGAGGGUAUCGUGAUGCCUCUCAUACCUCCCGCCGAAUGCUUUCAGCAGGUGAUUCCACGCAUGGCUACCAAACCGAGACCCCUUGGUCCCGAUGCUGUUCCAGAAAUGGGGGCGAAUCUUCUGAAUAACCCACACCGCGCAUCUUCUCAUGAAAGAAUUUCCGAACGCACGCAGACGAAAUCAAUGGCUAGACGUGCUGAUGCCUCUUUGCCAAAUACUCCUGAGUUCAUGGAUCGUGAUAACUUCCAAAAUUCUGCUUCAAGCAGCGACAUGUUCAGCACCUUCCUUUCCAUGUCGACAAUUACCGACAACGAAAGGAAAUUUUUUGAGGAAUUGAUUCCAAACUACAACCCAGAGGAGCGGCUUUCCGAGGCCUUCUUACUACAGCAUGCGCAAUACCGCGAUGGACAUUUCCGAGAAACACAAGUUACGAAAUGGGUUAUCUGGAAGUGA